AGUUACGUACUCGUGCUAUCUAAAGAUAUGCCCACACUUCACCAUCCUACAACUCGUAUCUCUGUUAAACGGGUCGGUCGCCAGCCCCGGGAGCUCAAGGACAGAUAUAGAGUCGCCUGCUUGCAGCGGUUGGUGGCCAGUCGGAAGUCAAUAUUUGAUAGACUUCGAGGAGUUCAUAACGACUCACAAUCGGAGAUAAUUGCAACCGCGGUUGGAACCGAACUGGGCAACCUCCGAAGAGGCAGUGAGGGCAGCGAGAGCCUCGCGGGCGAAGAUUGGUUGGACUUGGCUCGGUUGUUGGAGGAAGACCUGCGGGACCAACUUGAACGACUUGACAGCGAUGCGGAGUCUCGUGACUUCGCUGCAUGCCGUCUGCAUGAAAUUGAAGAGACCGAAUUGCAAGCUGCUGUUGAGGAGUUAUAUUUGUCACAUAUCGCCACCCAGGGGGGAGUUCCCUGUCCUUUGUGCUCACGUGGCAAGCUAGGUCUGAGUCGCUCUGAUGGUUUACUAUGGUGCGAGAACUGUAUCGACAUGAGGCUCCGUCUAGGAAGGCCUGGUUUGAGUUUAGAGGACGAUAUCGCGCCUCUAUUGCAUGCAGCUGUUCGUCGGCAUCUCGAGGAUGGCCGAUGUGAACAAAUUCCGGUGUUCAUGAUAAGGGACGGCCGGCUCUUCGUUACAUGCGGACUGUGCCGAUGGAGAGAUGAAGCGUUCUAGAAUUGAAGCUAC